AGGGGAGGAGUCAUGGGGCGUGGUGACUGGAGGUCCACUGAGGUCUUGUGGAAGGACGCUUGGCUGGGCACUGACUGCUUGAGCUCUGGAGAUGAAGGCACCUCCUCCCCCUGCUGGCCCCAACAUUCCACUAGUAAUGGCCUCACGGGUUUCUAGGAUCAGUUGAGCCCGUCUCCUCCCAUGCUCCCAAGUCCUGGCCGUCCCUAGGCAGCCUGUGCACUUGGCCAUGGCCAGAGAUUGCCUGUGGCUGCUCUUAGUGCUGGUGCUGCCCACUGGGAACCAAGGGAUGCCGUGCUUGGAGGCCAGCAGUCCCUUCUUGCCUCCGGAGGAGGGAAAGACGCAGCCCCCACUGCCCAAGGUCAGCCCUUGCAUGGUGCAUUGUGCUAAGCAAGUCCUGCCCAGAUUGGGAGCGGGAGUCGUCUCCUCAGUGCUCUUUAACCAGGCUCGUGAAGAGGAGGAGCAGAAAUACUGCUGGCCACAGAAACGUCGGGACUGCCGGCCACAGGAGCGCCUUGCCAGGGUCUUCCUGCUGCUCCAUCUGAAUGAGCCCACCACGACUCCUUACGAGCUCCUGCCCACCACUCCAGCCCUGUCUGCACCAAGCAGACGCCUGCGGCCCCGGAAGAACGACCCGGCCCUACUCAGCCUGGCAGGCUGUGGGCUCCUCUACGACGUCACCAGGCCCUUCCGGAGUGCCAAGAGAGAGGGUCAGUUCAAGGAGGCCGAAUUCUGUGUUAAAGCCGUGUGCCCUGCAAGCCAGCCUUCCUGCCAGCCCCUUCAGGCAGCCCUGAGCUGCCCCCCUUUCCUAGCCACGCUGUGGGGCAGCCGCCCCAGCACCAGGGAGUCCUUCUCCAUUCAACACAACCCAUUGUUCCCUGGACAGGUCUGAGCAGGCCACUGGACAUGGCCCCGGGGGGCCCCCCAAAAGAGACUCAGGGCUGGCAGCUAGAGGCAUCUGGGAGCUGGUGAGGCAGCGACGAUUGAUCCCAAUAAAUUGGCCGUGUGGUUUCUC